AUGAAUGGGACCAUAUUUCUACGUGGCCAGAAGGACGAUAUGGCUCCCGCAUAUAGACCCGAAGACGAGUUCAUCAUCCGGCUCCUCGUCCACAUCUCACUCUCGCUCAUCGUAUCCUUCCCUCUCCAGCAACCCAAUCCCGGUCACUCACUUCCACACACAGAUCUGAUUCCUCCGCCGAAAGCGGAUAUGUGCAACUCUGUGGUGCAAUGCCGCAUUCCCCGUUCCUCCUGUCUCGAAGCUCCCAUCCGCUACCCCAACCCAUCAGGAAAAACCGCAUUCGCUAAUUAA